CGAACACCUACUCAAAUGCUAACGGCAACUCCAACGCCUACUCAAAUGCAAACAGUGGCUCGAAUGCCUACGGCAACUCAAACUCAAACAGUGGCUCUAAUGCCAACAGCAACUCCAACUCCAACAGCAACUCGAACUCAAACAGUGGCUCUAACGCCAACAGCAACGCAAACUCCAACAGCAACACGAACGCUAACUCCAAUGCUAACAGCAACUCAAACUCCAACAGCAACUCAAACGCUAACUCCAAUGCUAACAGCAACUCGCACUCAAACAGUGGCUCUAACGCCAACAGCAACGCAAACUCCAACAGCAACUCGAACGCUAACUCCGAUGCUAACAGCAACUCGCACUCAAACAGUGGCUCUAACGCCAACAGCAACGCAAACUCCAACAGCAACUCAAACGCUAGCUCCAAUGCUAACAGCAACUCGCACUCAAACAGUGGCUCUAACGCCAACAGCAACGCAAACUCCAACAGCAACUCAAACGCCAACAGCAACUCGAACGCUAACUCCAAUGCUAACAGCAACUCGAAUGCCAACAGCAACUCCAACUCCAACAGCAACUCGAACGCUAACUCCGAUGCUAACAGUAACUCGCACUCAAACAGUGGCGCUAAUGCCAACAGCAACUCCAACGCCAACAGCAACUCGAACGCUAACUCCGAUGCUAACAGCGACUCCAACUCCAACAGCAACUCGAACGCUAACUCCGAUGCUAACAGCAACUCGAACGCCAACAGCAACUCCAACUCCAACAGCAACUCGAACGCUAACUCCAAUGCUAACAGCGACUCCAACUCCAACAGCAACUCGAACGCUAACUCCGAUGCUAACAGCAACUCACACUCAAACAGUGGUGCUAAUGCUAACAGCAACUCCAACGCCAACAGCAACUCCAACUCCAACAGCAACUCAAACGCUAACUCCGAUGCUAACAGCAACUCGUACUCAAACAGUGGCGCUAAUGCUAACAGCGACUCCAACUCCAACAGCAACUCGAACGCUAACUCCGAUGCUAACAGCAACUCGUACUCGAACAGUGGCGCUAAUGCCAACAGCAACUCCAACUCCAACAGCAACUCAAACGCUAACUCCGAUGCUAACAGCAACUCGUACUCAAACAGUGGCGCUAAUGCUAACAGCGACUCCAACUCCAACAGCAACUCGAACGCUAACUCCGAUGCUAACAGCAACUCGUACUCGAACAGUGGCGCUAAUGCCAACAGCAACUCCAACUCCAACAGCAACUCAAACGCUAACUCCGAUGCUAACAGCAACUCGUACUCGAACAGUGGCGCUAAUGCCAACAGCAACUCCAACUCCAACAGCAACUCAAACGCUAACUCCGAUGCUAACAGCAACUCGUACUCAAACAGUGGCGCUAAUGCUAACAGCGACUCCAACUCCAACAGCAACUCGAACGCUAACUCCAAUGCCAACAGCAACUCCAACUCCAACAGCAACUCAAACGCUAACUCCGAUGCUAACAGCAACUCGUACUCCAACAGCAACUCGAACGCUAACUCCAAUGCUAACAGCGACUCCAACUCCAACAGCAACUCGAACGCUAACUCCGAUGCUAACAGCAACUCGUACUCGAACAGUGGCGCUAAUGCCAACAGCAACUCCAACUCCAACAGCAACUCAAACGCUAACUCCAAUGCUAACAGCGACUCCAACUCCAACAGCAACUCGAACGCUAACUCCGAUGCUAACAGCAACUCGUACUCAAACAGUGGCGCUAAUGCCAACAGCAACUCCAACUCUAACAGCAACUCGAACGCUAACUCCAAUGCUAACAGCAACUCGAAUGCCAACAGCAACUCCAACUCCAACAGCAACUCAAACGCUAACUCCGAUGCUAACAGCAACUCGUACUCAAACAGUGGCGCUAAUGCCAACAGCAACUCUAACUCCAACAGCAACUCGAACGCUAACUCUAAUGCUAACAGCGACUCCAACUCCAACAGCAACUCGAACGCUAACUCCGAUGCUAACAGCAACUCUAAUGCCAACAGCAACUCCAACUCCAACAGCAACUCGAACGCUAACUCCAAUGCUAACAGCAACUCCAACUCCAACAGCAACUCGAACUCAAACAGUGGCUCUAACGCCAACAGCAACGCAAACUCCAACAGCAACUCGAACGCUAACUCCGAUGCUAACAGCAACUCGAACGCCAACAGCAACUCCAACUCCAACAGCAACUCAAACGCUAACUCCGAUGCUAACAGCAACUCCAACGCAAACUCCAACAGCAACUCGAACGCUAACUCUAAUGCUAACAGCGACUCCAACUCCAACAGCAACUCGAACGCUAACUCCGAUGCUAACAGCAACUCGAACGCGAACAGCAACGCAAACUCCAACAGCAACUCGAACGCUAACUCUAAUGCUAACAGCGACUCCAACUCCAACAGCAACUCGAACGCUAACUCCGAUGCUAACAGCAACUCUUACUCAAACAGUGGCGCUAAUGCUAACAGCGACUCCAACUCCAACAGCAACUCGAACGCUAACUCCGAUGCUAACAGCAACUCUAAUGCUAACAGCAAUUCGAACUCCAACAGCAACUCGAACGCUAACUCCAAUGCUAACAGCGACUCCAACUCCAACAGCAACUCGAACGCUAACUCCGAUGCUAACAGCAACUCUAAUGCUAACAGCGACUCCAACUCCAACAGCAACUCGAACGCUAACUCCGAUGCUAACAGCAACUCGAAUGCCAACAGCAACUCCAACUCCAACAGCAACUCGAACUCAAACAGUGGCUCUAACGCGAACAGCAACGCAAACUCCAACAGCAACUCUAACGCUAACUCCAAUGCUAACAGCGACUCGAACUCCAACAGCAACUCGAACGCUAACUCCGAUGCUAACAGCAACUCGAAUGCCAACAGCAACUCCAACUCCAACAGCAACUCGAACGCUAACAGCAACUCUAACGCUAACUCCAAUGCUAACAGCGACUCGAACUCCAACAGCAACUCGAACGCUAACUCCGAUGCUAACAGCAACUCGUACUCAAACAGUGGCGCUAAUGCCAACAGCAACUCCAACUCCAACAGCAACUCUAACUCCAACAGCAACUCGAACGCUAAUUCCAAUGCCAACAGCAACUCCAACUCCAACAGCAACUCGAACGCUAACUCCGAUGCUAACAGCAACUCGUACUCAAACAGUGGCGCUAAUGCCAACAGCAACUCCAACUCCAACAGCAAUUCGAACGCUAACUCUGAUGCUAACAGCAACUCUAACUCUAACUCCAACAGCAACUCGAACGCUAAUUCCAAUGCCAACAGCAACUCCAACUCCAACAGCAACUCGAAUGCUUACUCCGAUGCUAACAGCAACUCGAAUGCCAACAGCAACUCCAACUCCAACAGCAACUCGAACGCUAACUCCGAUGCUAACAGCAACUCGUACUCAAACAGUGGCUCUAACGCCAACAGCAACGCAAACUCCAACAGCAACUCGAACGCUAACUCCGAUGCUAACAGCAACUCCUCUAACGCCAACAGCAACUCCAACUCCAACAGCAACUCGAACGCUAACUCCGAUGCUAACAGCAACUCGUACUCAAACAGUGGCUUCCAACUCCAACAGCAACUCGAACGCUAACUCCGAUGCUAACAGCAACUCGAACGCCAACAGCAACGCAAACUCCAACAGCAACUCGAACGCUAACUCUGAUGCUAACAGCAACUCGUACUCAAACAGUGGCUCUAACGCUAACAGCAACUCAAAUUCCAAUAGCAAUUCAAACGCUAACUCCAACGCCAACAGCAACUCUAAUGCUUAUUCUAAUGGAAACAGCAACUCAAAUGCUGGCUUAUACAGUGGUUCAGGCGCUAACUCUUACUCUGGAUCUUACGCAAACCGCCACUUAGGUCAUCCUAGAUUCGGAUAUUCAAGACUGAGAAAUGGCUAUUCUCGUUACCCUGGAUCUUAUUCUAGUAGUGGUUCAAAUGCCGGUAGCAGUUCAUCUUCAGACUCAGGUCUCUCAACUAUUAAUUCCGGUCCGUACACUAUUGGAUUCAUGAGAAACGGUGUCUGCACUUGCGGCCCGUAUUACCCUAUUCCGGUCGGUGGCCAAUAAUUUUAGUUACUUAUGUUCUCAAUUCUAAACGUUAACGGUUUAACGAAAUUUUUUUUCCAAUUCUUUCUUGAAACUCUUAACGAUUUGAAUUGUUCAUUUUUCUCUUUUUUGUAUUAGUUGGCGAAUUUUUAUCUACUUCUUUCCGUUAUUCAACCGUUUUAUUUUAAUUUUUUAUCUUUUACGUUGAUGUUUCUGAAUGAAGUCCAGUCGAACUGUGAAUGAUAUUAAUUCUUGAGAACUCCCAUAUUUUUAUUCUAAUUUUUUUAAUUUCUGUUUAUUUAAUCGACCCAGCUUUUCCUUAAUUUUUCAACAAACCUAAGUUAUGAAUUACUAUCUGUACAAAGACUGUGCAUGAUUUUUAGUUAGUUACAUUUUAAAUGGUUUUUGUUUACUCAUCAUCUGUAUUAUAAUUAAUAAAUAUUCUUACUUGUU